AUGAUCCGCUUCAAGAGCUCAGACAAGGAUACAAAUACCUUCGACGCUGGUUGCUCCACCACCCAAACAGUUCCUCAAAUCAUAUUUGCUUUCGGCAAGUCCAAUCCAAACAAAACCAUGCCAGCGUCUCGAGACUACACGUACACGAUUCCCACCCCUGCACCCUCCGUCGACACACAUCCUCCGCCCCCAGACCCCAAUGCAAACCUUGGCCUAAACGAUCGCCCUGUUGCAUCCGCGACCCACAACCCACCCCUUCCUUUAACACCUACCACACGGCCACACACUUCAUUCCUGUUCGCACCACGUUCGGGCCCCGCAAUCGACCGCAAUAUCAUUGGUUUCAUGCAUACCGCGCUGAUACAUGCACGUCAUGUGGACAUCGAGCGUGUGACAAGUGCCAGUUUUGUAGUGUGGAGGGUGAGAGCGCGUGGCUGGGUUUGGAGGAAGAACGCAGGCUGGAGGCAGAGGGUGAUGGUGAUGUUUGGCAAAGAUGUGGAGUUUGGAGGGCGGGGCAGCGGCGACCAAGGUGACCGAAGAAGAUUAGGGGGAACGAACGAUGAGGAUGAUGAGUAG